AUGAUCAUUACAACAUGGAUUGUGUACAUCCUCUCCCGGAAAGCUGCAGGAUUCCCCUUCCCACCAAAGAUGAGUUUGGAUGUUGAUGUUGUAGAAAGUGAAGCUGUAUCUGUUGUACAACAUUGGUUGAAGAAAACAGAAGAAGAGGCUUCCCAAUGCAUCAGGGAGAAGUUGUCCAUCAGUUCCUAUCCCUCUCGUGGCCAGGACGUUCAUGUGACCAGAGAUGUGGUGAAGUACCCUCUCUCCAAGUGUGAUUUGGAAUCAAACUCAAACCAAGAGUUCCUGGAGGAGAGAACAAGAAUCCAGUUCAUAAGAUGGAGCCACACCCGCAUCUUCCAAGUGCCAAGUGAGAUGAUGGAUGAUGUCAUGCAAGACCGACUAAACCAAGUGAGGCGAAGCAUAUCCCAUAUCACGAACGACUCCCGUUCCAGCUGUAGAACUUCCUUCUCAGAGUGCUAA